AUGUUUCCUUACCUUCCCCAGUGGCGAAUCGAGGACCUCGCCAGUCAGCGCGAGGCGGAGGAGUGUGUGCGCACUACCAAGGAUUUUCUGGUGGCGGGCGACCCCGAGCGCUGCUGGCGAUUACUCAUCUGUGCCCCCACUAUCGACCCAUGCGUCCCUCGCGGCGAGGCCCUCUAUGUAAUUGCCACCGCCCUUCGCGCCGCCCAGCACGAGCGCCUCCCGCGCGGGGCCCCUGAACCCUACUCCGUCUUUGGUCUCAUCCCCACUGUCCCAGCCACCCGUGACCCUGCCGUCAUCGAAAGAUACUAUCGCCGCGCCUCCGAUGUGCUCAACCACACCGGCCCCUACUACCCGUGCGCGCCCGCCUUCGCCCAGACCGCUCGCCUCGUAGCUGAUACCUGGGACUUCCUGUCGGAUUCUGACCGCAAAACUUCCCUGGACUCCAGAUUCGAAGAUGAAGCAACCGCCGCAGCACCCACCGCUCCGCCUCAGCCAGCACUACAGAUGACGCCGCCGCCACCGCCGACUGUACAGGCUAUCACAGCGCAGGCUGGGCUGGAUGGCCUGGGACGCGGGAAGCGUUUAAAGAAGCCUGUGAAUAGGAUGAACUUGUAA